AUGCUAAAUAUCAAAAUAAAUACGAAUAAAAUAGGAGGAAGAAGAAAAGCUUCCAGACAGCCGCUUAGCAAGCAUGAUAACACUUUUAGUGCAAAUUAUUUAAGAGGAAAUCUAAUAACAAGACCCAGAAGAGCAGGCACCCCAAUUGCAGCCAGGGAUACCUUUUCAGCAGACCGUUUCGGGAGCAAGAAGCAGUCAAAAUUUGGCCUUAUCAGAAGAAUUUGCUUAUACUCUAGUAUGCUGAAGCACCUCAGCCUAAUCGAUAUUAACAAUAUCACAGAGGAAGAAGAUUUUGAACUGAGAAAUAUCGUUAAAAUAAUCUUAGACACUAGGAAAUAAGAAGCAGCCUGCCUUUGGUAAACAAUGAACACACAUAAACACCAAUGUAAAUAAGACAGUCAAGGACCGAGAAUUUGGGGAUGAUCUGAAAUAAAUUAUUUUCUUUAAGCUCCUCGGACAACCACGAGGUUUUCAAAUCCCUUGCCAAGAACCUUACCAAGGAGGGUUCAAACCUUGGGAAGAAGAGCACUUUAAGGAACAUUAGCUUUUUACAGAUUUGAGCUAUCAAAAUCUCUAAGGCUUCCUGGGAAUGUAUCGGAAAAGCCAUAUCAGGGAAUAAGAGUAUCAAAACUCUAGCUCUUAACGCCUGUGGCGUUAAUAACGAUGCUUUCGAGUAUCUUGUUCCGGCUAUGAAGCAAAAUAAAAGCAUUGAAAUCCUUGACUUGUCAUGAAACUACAUGAGAGAUGAAAUGAGCACCUUCAUCUCAAAAAUUAUAUCAUUACAAAGUGAGCGAAGAGACCAAGCAGUAUGGUUAGCAGGCCUUCGAGAAGAACUUCCCGAACAAAAAGAGCUAAAAUCUGGCCUCAAAAGCUUGAUCUUAAGACACAAUGACUUCAGUCAAGCAUUGUGAUCUGAUAUCUCAAGAGUCCUUUACUUCGAUAUCUACUUGAAAUCGCUGGACUUGAGGAACAACCUUAUUGAGGCCAAAGGAAUUAAGGAAAUGAAGUAUUUCCUUAAUGCAAAUAAAAGUUUGAUAAACUUAGACAUCAGACAAAACCCAGGUUUAUCAUCUAAACUUCAUAGAACAAUAGUUGUCAAGCUCUUACGGAAUAUAGGUCAUGCAAAGAGGACUGCCUCUGAUGAAAUGAGAUGGAUGAACGCUGAAGUACUAAUCUGAGAGGUUCCUAGGCAUUUAGCUCCCAAAAUACAGAGAAAAAUGAAUGAACUUUUUGAAUACCCAAGCCAGGUUUUCCAACCUCAAGGAAGUUUGGUCAGUGAGUCUACUAAUUUUUCCCAAACUUUCACUAGUCCAACCCCAAAAAGCACUUAUUCGAAGUUAAUUCACAAAAAGGUGAGGGUGAAAAAUUUGAAGACAAAAUCCAAACUCAAGAGAUACCAAUAUUCAAGCAUGCAAAAAAGAGGUAGCAUAGAUCCAAGACUUCUUCGCCAGAGUAUCGCAAUGCGAGAGGGCCUUUAAACCCAAAACCCA